GGUUGGUUACUCUUGCUAAUACUCACUUUGGAUCUCAGCAGAUCACAACAGGGAUCUGGGCAGUUAACAGCUCCCCAAAUCAGGAUUUCGGCUUUCCCCUGGUUUUACACCGGACCAUGUGAGGAGGGACAUCAAACCAUGGCUGACAGCUCUGAUUGGGUGGAGAUUAUCGAGCCACGCACCCAUGAGCGGAUGUAUGUAAACCUUACAACUGGAGAAUGCGGUUGGGAGCCACCACCGGAAGUCCGCGUGCGCCAGUCUGGUGAGAACCAGUGGUGGGAACUGUACGACCAGCAGAGUGGUCGCUUCUACUAUUACAAUGCCCUGAGCCGUCAAACCGUGUGGCAUCGUCCGCAGCAAUGUGACAUCGUUCCCCUGGCAAAGCUACAAGCUGUAAAGCGUGCAUCACAGCCAAAUCUCUUUGGACGAGCCAGCCAGGAGCGAAUCGCUCAUUCCGGUAGCAUCAGCAGUGAUGGAGGAAACACGCCUAUCGAUAUUCUAAUGCUUCAGGAUGCAGAGUUUUUAAAGGAAGGAGCAAAGAGGAAGGGAGACAGUGUGGAUAGCAGAAAGGACUCUGGGAGGUGGCAGCCUAUUCCUGGAACCAAGGCGGCCAUGCUUGUGAAGGUUAACAGCUUGAGACAGGUCCCUUCACCCACAUCCUGCGGUCCUCUUCAAAACAGCAUUCCCAAAAACUCUUCAGCCAAGUCAUUAAUAUAUGCACAACCCCAGCCUUUCACUGAAAAGUCUGGUGGGGAUCCACAGCAAUCUAUGCAGAUCAAAAAGACUGACAAUGGUGGGUUCUGCCUUGUUCUAACCAAUGGGGCUACUGGUCAGACCCCACAGAGGACUCCCACAGGGACACUUCAACCCUCAUCUCCCAGAUAUGGCUCACCACCUCCUAUAUAUGAUGAGCCAUCCAUGGAAUCCCCCAUUUAUGAUGAACCGCCUGCAGAGAUGGACAUAGGAAGCAUGACUGCCCGUUCACUUUCUCCACCUUUGUCCCCAACCAGUAGCAUGCACAACCACCCUCAGCCUCCAAAGCUACUUCCUUACCCCAGUGCUCACCAUAAGCAUAAGAGGAGUCCUUCUGCUACGGAGUACAGCCCAGCAGGAAGGGAGUACAUUAAACACAUGGUGAACGUUGACCAAUCCUCUAAACAGACUACAUCUCCUACUGGGUCCCUUGAUACCCCACCUAAGCAUCAGCCCGGUCAGCUGGCACUUAAGGAUAGUUUCAAGCACUCUUGGAGGGUCUUGGAGGCUAAUGUUCUUAAGAAUAUAGAGGCUCAUCAUAAUCGCCAGAAUAGUCUUCCUCAAGACUACCCUACAGUUGUAAGUCAACAGGAUUCUGGCUAUUCAACAGGACCUUCUCCCAGUUUGAGGAAAAGGAAGGGUAGGCGACAAGGUGUUGGACAAAUAAGACCUGGGUCAGUGGGCAGCAGCAGUGAACUUAAUGCUUUGAAUGAGAAACUGAUUGCAGAGAUGAGGUCAGUAGUGACAAAAACCCCUGUGCGCCAAGAAAGCAAGACCAGCCUGGAUACAGAGAUGUUAGAAAGCCCUAAUGCUACUGACAACAGUAAAGUGAGGUUUCAGAUGGACUCUUUAAAACAAACUGGAAGUAGGGGGUCAAGGGAUGAUGUCACAGCCAGCAGUAGGUCAUUGUACAAGCCUGGAGCAGAGUGCCGGGAGAAUGUAAGUGGGGAAGUAACAGGGCAACAAGAAGUGGUACGGCAGAAACGCACCUACGAGAAGAUAGAUUUCUUGGAGAAGAAGAUCACAAGCCAGAUCAGUUUACUCUCAUCAGAGUCCGCAAGAACAGCUUCGGAGAAUGGAACUCUGGAGACCAACCCGAAAAGUGACAAUCGUGGACCAUCUCCAUUUGGACCUGGAUACCAGUUUCCUUAUACUACCUUAAGGAAACCCCUGUCUCAAACCAGCAUGGUGGAUUGGGCUUCAAAAAACCUCAAUAUGCACACACAAGGCAUCUUCCGUAGGAGACUUUCCAUCUCCAACAUGCUAUCGUGGAAUGGUGGGUCCAUCAAGAAGCCCAUGCUAAUCACAAGCAAUCGAGUGAUAAAAAAGGAAGCAUGUGAAAUGUUCAAGAUGGUUCAGAUAUACAUGGGUGACCGGCAGGCCCGGACUGACAGAAACCAAGUGGCAUUAAUACUGGUGACAAAAUGUUGGAGCUUACAAGGGUUAAGGGAUGAGCUGUAUAUGCAGCUAGUGAGACAGACUACUAAUAAUAUGACCUACAGGAGCUUAUCCUUGGGAUGGGAACUCAUAGCCAUAAGCUUGGGAUUUUUCUCGCCGUCCCCAAAAUUUCAGUCCUAUUUGGAAGGAUAUAUCUACAGACAUCUGGAUGAAGUCAGCGACAUUAACAUUACUCAACGCAUACAGGAAGCUCAAGAACUAAAAACUAAGAAGAAUUCAAAAUCUCGCAAAAAGAGGAAGCAGAAUGGGGAUGAAGAAGAAGGUUUACCCAUCAGCACCUAUGCCAAGUAUUGUUACCGCAAACUGCAGAAAGUUGCAAUUACUGGGGGAAAAAAGGGCCUGAGGAAGCCAACACUGGAAGAGAUUGAGCAGGCCAGGAAUGCUAUCCAAACCCCAUCUCUCUUUGGAAGCUCCUUGGAGGAGAUUAUGGAGCGUCAAAGAGAGGUGUAUCCUGACCGGCGACUUCCCUGGGUGCAGACUCAGCUGUCCCAGCAAGUGCUAAACCUUGGAGGCGAGAGGACCGAAGGAAUAUUCAGAGUCCCUGGGGAUAUUGAUGAAGUGAAUGCACUUAAAGUGCAGGUAGAACAGUGGAUAAUUCCGGAUACCCUCUCUGACCCAACCAUUCCAGCAUCCCUCUUGAAACUGUGGUACAGAGAGCUCGAGGAGCCUCUGAUCCCUCAGCAGUUUUACAAGCAGUGCAUCAGCAACUAUGAAAAUCCCGAUGCAGCCGUAUCUGUGGUUCAACAGCUUCCAGAGCUCAACAGACUUGUUCUCUGUUAUCUCAUCCAUUUUCUGCAGGUUUUCUCACAGCCGUCUAAUGUGGGCACAACAAAGAUGGAUGUCAACAAUCUGGCCAUGGUGAUGGCUCCCAACUGCUUGCGGUGUCAGUCAGAUGAUCCCAGGAUUAUAUUUGAGAACACUCGCAAGGAGAUGUCUUUUUUGCGGAUGUUAAUCGUCCACCUAGACACUAGUUUUGUGAGGGGUUUGCUCUAAGGGUGAAACCAGUAGCUAAUCUUGUUUUCGAUCCUGUUACCUGAACCCAACGCUUACUUUGUUCAUUUGAGAGCUGCGCUUUCUUCAGGUGAAGAUUUGAAAGAUUUGUUCCAUGAGCUAGCCAAUCAGAGACUUCUCAGGAGUUUUACAGCACUUUGUCGCUAUCAUUUGCCUGGGAUCUGUUACAUCUUUGUGGUUCCCAAACUUAUGUAAUUACCACAAGCUCCACAUCAUCUUCUUUGAGUUAAUAUUUUUUUAUUUUUGUUAUCCUAUUUGGUUUGUAGCACUGUGAGGAAAACUACUACAUUUCUUCCUGGCAAGACUCCUGCAGCGGGUGCUUCAAUUUCCAGCACUGCUCUUUUCUUCUGAAAUCCUUUUUAAAAUAUAACAGAGAGAAGAUACGAGCUUGGUUAAUUUUAUGUGAAAAUCAGGGUUUUAUCUUAAUUUUAUUCUUUUAUUAUCCCUGGAAUGAGUGCACCUCAUAAUAUUUUACUUUUUUUUUCUUCGUUAUUACUGUUAUCUUUUAUUGGGGUGCUUGACAUGUUGGACUGUAAAAUCAGGCCCACUGCUUGAUUGCAAUUACUUUCCUUCAAUGUCUGGAAGAAUUUAAAAAAUGUUGUGUAUAUUUCUGUGCAGUGUACAGCUUUACAUAUGUUGUGUAUAUUGCGCAUCCAUCAGUACAUUGAUAGCGAACAUCAGCACUGCAUUAAUUAAUGAACUACAUUUCCCAUGGGGGUGAGCCAAACACUGGCAAAGCAUUAUGGUAGAUAUAGUUCUGCUUUGCCGAAGUCAGCCAUCACUGUACUAGGGAUUUAGUCAAACUUCACAGCACAUAGCAGUGGGCAAAUGUGAAUGUCUUUAUAGAUGCCGACUUUUCCUUUAAUUACUUUAAUUUAUUUAUAUUUGAUUCGGUGUCCAACGUUCUCAUUUGUUUACGUGCAGAAGUUCUAGAACAAUGUCAAGGCUCUUGAUAUAGUGCCAUAUUUUCUUUUGGCUACUGGAAAAAAAGUUUUAAUUUGAAUUGUCCAAAUAUUAGGAAGGAUCCAUAAUUCCGCCACCUCCUACUAAAGAAAAACAAGUUUACAUUAGAUGUAGAUGCCAUCGCGAAUUACUUUUAAAAUUAGGUCUGUAUGUCAAUGUUCAUAUAUGAUAUUCCUGACCCAUGCAGUUGUGCGGUGUGCAGAUAACAUUCACAACCCAUGUUUAAAAUGUGCCUUUGUGUAUUGCGAUACAAGAAUAGGCUUCAGGAUUUUGAGAUGCCUAGAUGAUGACUUUGCCUCUAUAAAAACCUUCCGUACUGCCUCCUUGCAAAUUCCUGAUUUCUUGUCUGUUCCACUUUAAGUUGUCACUGUGAUGUAAUCAUUUACACCAAACCCAAGAAAGUGCUACUUCUGCGGCACCUCCACCUAGAUAAUGUAUUUAUCUAAUAAAUAUAUAUAUAUUUAUAGUUUUGAUGCAGUGUGUGUGUGCUGGGAUAUAGAAAUGCUUGAUUAUGUGUGUGUAUGCUUGUAGAUACCUGCGUGUGUGCUUUUGAAUGUAUAAAUAUAUAAAUACUUGAACAGCUGUAUAUUUUUUAUAGGAACAUGAAAGGUUAAAUAUAAGCAGUUUAAAAGCAGCAACAUAGCCCAUUGUAUUUGUAUGAGUAUAACAUGUUUUUUUAUACAAAAAAUAACUAAAUAUAUAUAUAAUAACCAUGUUCAGGACAUAUGUAGAGUUUGAAGAGUUUCUCUUUUUGGAUUCCUGCUUGGCUAACAGUAGGCAGCUAUAGGAGCCCUCAUUUUACAAA